UUGUUUGAAUUAUAGAUGCUUGCUGCUCAGCGGAUACAGAUGACAAGAUGAGCACUUUGCCAGACGUUGCGCCCUGGAACAGAUGUGGAAUCUUAAGUACAAAAUGUGAGCAAUUCUUCAAACAGCUCUCGUGCUUCUACCACUGCUCCCCGGACACCAAAAUCUGGGCGAGCCCGGGUCUUCCCAAUCACCUUGUGAAUGUACCACUCUGCCACAGCUUCUGUGACCAAUGGUACAAAGCUUGCAAGAAUGAUCUGACCUGCACCAAGAAGUGGAAUUCUGGUUUGAAGCCUUCAAAUGCCUCUCAGACCAACUGUACCUCGGAGUGUAUUCCUUACAGUAAGAUGUACAAGAACGGCAAGGACCUGUGUGAGAGCUCGGUUGGCGACACGUUCACGGUGCGAUCGUGCAACUGCUUGAGCCUGGACAAGGGCGACGGGCGAGUGGUGGCAGCGCUGGUGCAGAACGACAGCACCAAGUUGGGCGCUGGUGGCAAGCUCCCGUGCAGGGAGAAGCGCAGCAUCAUCACCAAGCUGCGGCGCUCCAUGCACAAGCGCUCCCUCUUCGUUGAGGACAUCGACGGCAGUGGAAGCGGGUUCCCAUCAACCGAAUAGUUAAUUCCGUUUCUAACCCCUCUCGUUUGCAAUAGUUGCUGCUCUUAUUAACACAAUCUCCCCCUUGCUGUGUUUGUGCUGAUUAAAAGCUCUGAAGUAUCGCUGACUGCUUCACCCAUACCCAAAACCCAACCACCGCCAUUCCAGCACUAACCUCGUCCUAUCUCUACGAUCAUCAUCACACAUCCUUCUCUUUCAAGCCCACUAUUAAACAAAGAGCCACAGAUAAAAGAGUUCAGAGAAGGAAAAGUACCUGCUGAUACGUGAUCUCAGUUCCAUCAUAUCUCUCCUGGGUGCAUUCUCUCUCACAAUCUUCCCAUGUCACUUAAGACACAAACCAGUUGAAACAUUGGAACGUAGAAAAGCUGUGGGGUGCAGUACAUGUUCACGUCACCAGAUGUUCAAAUGCUGUUUCAUCUUCUCACCUCCAUCUAACUAUAGCUGCACUAACCUUCAUUGACAAGGUAGCGAAUAGAAGGGCUGGGCUUGUUGACAAUACAAGCUGAAUAAUGGGACCUUUCGUUCUAGGAAAAAAAGUUGGAUGGAUCAAAUGUGCUUUUACCAAUCCCAAAACAAUUACCUGCUUCUGCUUAGUCCACUAAGUCUUUUCCUUCCGCUCAUCCUAUGCAAUUUUCUUAAGCAAGCACACAGCUUAAUCCACAUAGCGACUUGCUGUGGAUAAAAGUAUCAAGCGUCCAAACUUCUCCAUAAACUUUGAAGUACAAUUGCAAGACACUUACGGUCUCAUAUCGCGCUGCCCUGCUUUCAUAUAUGUUGUCUGAUCCAGGGCUGUUAUAUUUAGCAGUGCGUUUUAACAGCUCGCCCCAAUCUUAACUUUCAGUCCCGCAAGAAACAAACUUAGCCAGAAGCAACCCGUCCCAGACAGACUCCUUUCUUUUCUGUUGGGUGGUGAACGUUUCAGUUCCUGUGGCUCAUCAAGACUAUUAAUGUUGUUCUCCUGUUCUCUCGUUCCUUGCUCAAUCAAAAACGAUCAACAGCCAACUCACAUCCAGAUUCACCACAUUUUAAGUUUAAAUUACAAAGAGCCAUGCAACAGGGAAACAGGGCGUUUGGCCCAACACGUCCAAGAUACCCCAUCUAAGCAAGUCCCACCUGCUCGCUUUUGGCCCAUACCCUCUAAAGCCUUUCCUGUCCAUGUACCUGUCCAAGCAUCAUUUAAAUACCAUUAUUGUACCUGCCUCAACUACCUCCCUUUGCAUCUUGCUUCAUACACCCACUAUCCUCUGAGUGAAAAAGUCACCCCUCAGCUUUGUACCAAGUCUUGUCCUGCUCACCCUAAACAUAUGUCUUCUUUUUGAUUCCCCUUCCCUGGGUAAAAUACCCUGUGCAUAUCUUCCUCACAAAGCUUCUUCUUCUUGCGUAUGGCAUGCACAGCCUAAAGUUGUCCGAUAACUUGUUCUAUUUGAUCUUAUUUGAUUGUGCACGCCAGGUUGAUUGCAUUCGUCGAAACAGGUGUUAUCUGUGUAGAGUUUGACUGUUCUCCCACUGACAUUACCUCCAGGAACUCUGGCUCUCUCCCACAUUGCAACGAUGUGCCACUCUGUACGUUAACGGCACUGAUAUGAACUGCACUCUAAACUGUAGCAUUCCAUGUAAUUUCAGAACAGUUGGGUCAAGGACAAAUAAUGCAGAUAUAACCAUUUAGCUUGAUAUUACAAGCUGUCAAAGAACGCUGCAACAAAUAGAUUUAAAUGUCGCCAUUGUCACCUCGGUGUUUAAUUACAUAAGGGUAAAGUGCGCAAGAUGAGUCAUUGUAGUGCGUGAUUGCAGACCCACUUCUGUGACGAGUACACAAAGUCUUGCCUGGGUUGGACGGACGGCAUCUUGGACAGAAUACAUUGAAAUGAAACACUUGAUUCAUGGGUUUGUGUGUCAUGUGCCCUUUUGCUUUAUGAUGCCCACAAAUUUAAACUCUUGCUUUCCACUUAAUUCUCGGCACUUUCACUGCUGUAGUUCAAACAACUAUUCAGCACCCUGACAACAACUCCUCACCACUGGCCAGCUAUCUCCAGUUGUACAUGCUCAUGUUUCAACCCUCAACUUAGGCCCAGAGCUAUUUAGCUUUGCAAAUGCCACAUUUUCCAGGGAGACAACUCACCAUUAAAUGAGUUACUCCAGCAUUUUGCAUCACACCUUUUUAACCCUUCCAUUUCCACUGAUUGGGGAUGAUCAGCCAUGAUCACAUUGAAUGGCGGUGCUGGCUCGAAGGGCCGAAUGGCCUACUCCUGCACCUAUUGUCUAUUGUCUAUUUCUCUCGUUUCCCUCUCCCCCGGCUCUCAGUCUGAAGCAGGCUCUCGACCCGAAACGUCAUCCAUUCCUUCUCUCUGCCUGUCCCGCUGAGUUACUCCAGCAUUUUGUGUCUAUCGAUACUAUCAAAGUAGUUCUUUUUGCUGAACAGAACAUUUUUUGUUUUGUUAAAAAAUUCUAUCAGAUAUUGAAUAAAACAAU